AUCUCCAUGUGAAGAUGGAAAUCGCCAUGUCUCUCUUUGGAGCACUGCAGCCCCUAACGCUUGUUUUCUUUUCAUUCUUUCUUUCUCUAUUACAAGUUAUCAUUCUACGUGAAAUUUUUAGGGCUGGAAGGCUCUUACCGUCAACCGGCCACACCCCAGCCACCUACCCCAUUAUAGGUUGCUUGAUAUCUUUCUACAAGAACCGCAACCGUUUGCUUGACUGGUAUACUGAGCUCCUGGUCGAGUCAUCCACCAACACCAUAGUGGUACGCCGGUUCGGUGCACCACGGACCAUUGUGACGGCGAACCCAGAAAACGUUGAGCACAUGCUCAAGACCAACUUCAACAACUACCCUAAAGGCAAGCCCUUUACUGAGAUUCUUGGGGACUUUCUUGGGUUUGGGAUAUUCAAUGUGGAUGGUGAGCUAUGGCGAACACAGCGCAAGCUAGCCAGCCAUGAGUUCACCGCCAGGUCAUUGAAAGAAUUUGUCGUGAAUACACUUGAGGAUGAAGUGGAAAACCAGCUAUUGCCUUUAUUAGAGUCACUGGCAAAAGCAUCUAAAGUGAUUGAUCUGCAGGAGCUGCUGAGGAGACUUAGCUUCAACAUGAUUUGCAAGACUUUAGGAGUAGAUCGAUAUAGGUGACCUUCGGAGCCUGUGUCUCCAUUUGACAAAGCUUUUGACAUCGCAUCCGAGGUGUGUGCAAAGCGUGGAGCCGCACCUUUGUUCAUUGUCUGGAAGAUCAAGAAAUGGCUAGGUGUUGGAUCGGAGAGGAGACUCAAGCUUGCCGUUGAUGAAGUUCAUGCCUAUGUCACAGAGAUGAUUCGGGAUAAGAAGAGAAAGAUCGAAAAGGAAGGCAAAGAAAGGCACAGUGAAGAUCUCCUGUCUCGUUUGAUAUUGGCAAAACAUGAAGAGAUGGUGAUAAGAGACAUGGUGAUCAGUUUUAUCAUGGCAGGAAGGGACACAACUUCGGCAGCAAUGACAUGGCUCUUUUGGUUGCUUUCUCACAACCCAGGUAUAGAACAAGAGUUGGUGAAAGAAACAAGGCUGGUCAAACCGAAGCUGUUAGAUUAUGAAUCGUUGAAGGAACUAAAAUUGUUGAAGGCUUGCCUUUGCGAGUCCAUGAGGCUCUACCCUCCUGUUGCCUGGGACUCGAAGCAUGCCAUAGCUGAUGACUUGUUGCCCGAUGGAAUUCCAGUCCGGGCAGGAGAUAGAGUUACUUACUUCCCCUACGGAAUGGGAAGGAUGGAAGCAUUGUGGGGAGAGGACUGGCUUGAGUUCAAACCGCAGAGAUGGUUUACAGAAUCAAACUACAGUGAAAGAGUACUAAAGAAGGUAUCUCCCUAUAAGUUUCCAGUUUUUCAGGCCGGUCCAAGAAUUUGUCUUGGCAAGCAGAUGGCCUUUCUUCAUAUGAAAUAUGUGGUAGCUUCCAUACUUCAGCAGUAUGAGAUCAGACCGGUGGGUUCAGAUAAACCAGUUUUCGUUCCUCUCCUGACAGCUCACAUGGCCGGCGGCCUAAAGGUUCUGAUUCACAGGAGAGACUAA